CUUUCAGUUAUUGGUUUAUUUUAAACGCAACACUCAAGGCCAUUGUCAUUUUUAGUUAAUAUUACUGGUUAUGCAUUCUAUAUGGACCGUUCGCGAAGGUUCUCUAUUAUCCCAAUCGUCACUGUCUCCCUACUUCUUAGUAAUACAGUUCAAUCAUAUGCGGAUAAACAUCCAAUUGUUAUAAUACCGGGCGAUGGUGGCUGCCAAGCAUAUUCUAAGCUGAAGAACACAACAUCACCUCCUUUCCUGGUAUGGAUAAAUCUACGAUAUUUUUUAGAACCCGGGAAAUUAUGUGAAUACUUCGGCCUGGUGUACGAUCCAGUAACCAAAACAUCUAGAGAUCCUAAGGAUGUAGAUGUUUUAUUCCCUGGAUGGGGUGAAACAUGGUCAAUAGAGAACUUAGACAGCUAUAAACAUGGCAAAACACAGUAUUGCGCGCCGAUAAUAGAAUCGUUACGGCUUGAUCCUUUUUUUAAGUCAAACUUCACAAUGCGUGGUGCCCCAUUUGAUUUUCGUAAGGCUCCAAAUGAGAAUAAUCAAUUUGUUGAUAAAUUGAAGCUUCUGAUUGAAGAAACAUUUCAAAAUGGUGGAAAUCAACCAGUCGUUCUAGUUGGUCAUAGUUUAGGUGCCAAAUACGCUUUAUACUUCUUGAAAUCUAUGACGAAGUCGUGGAAGAGGUUGUAUAUAAAAACAUUUGUUUCCCUCAGUGCUCCUCUUGGUGGUUCCGUAAAGGCUCUUAAAAUUGAGGCGAGUGGAGAUAACUUCGGUAUGUUUAUACGCAGUCCAUUGAGUUUUCGUCCUGUUCAGCGUACAUUGCCAUCACUCGCCUUCCUUUUACCAGAUCCACGUCUUUGGUCACCCUUAGAACCAUUGAUUGUUACACCGACAACAAAUUAUUCUGCUCAUGAUUAUGAACGUUUCUUCUCUGAUAUCAAUUAUACAGUUGGCUAUCAAAUGUUAUUGGAUAGCAAAUCAACUGUUGACGCCUUUGAAAAACCCACAGAUAUCGAUGAUAUCUACUGUAUUCAUGGGUCAAAUAUCAGUACAACUGAUCAGAUGAUAUAUUCACCGCCUAGUUUCUUUCAUAGCGCCUUUCCAGAUCAAGUACCAACAUUAAUCCCUGGUAAUGGUGAUGGAACCGUGAGUCUACGUAGUUUAGAAGUAUGCAAAAAUUGGUCUGGCGUAAAAUAUUACAUUUUGCCUGGAGCUGAACAUGUCAAUAUUAUGGGGGAUUCACGUUUCAUUGAUAUAAUCCGUCAAAUUGUUGGGGCUGUUAGUAUCACACAUAAAAACAAACAACAAAACACAGUGUAAAUGAUUAAAACGUUUAGCAUUAUUUCCUUGCGUUUUAAUUGUUUCUUCUUCUUCUUCUUCUUCUUCUUCUAAUACUUCACUUUCCAUAUGAGAUGACGAUAAGAUUAUUAUUUUUUUUUUACAUUAUGGCAUUCCCAUUCACCGGGGGGCCAGUCAGUGUCACAGGAGUGUAGUAGAAGCCUACCAAGUGCUGGAAGCGUUUUUUCUGUUUUUGGUCUUAGGAUGUCUGUUUUAACUUAUAUAUUUUAAACUGUAUUAGUAUAUUGUAAUUUUUGAUCAGAUUUCGUAUGUGUUUGUACUCGUCAGCUGACACAUUCACCCUUCCACCCACCCCACCCCGAACGCCGCUCCCCCCAAUCGCAUCAUCAUCACAAUAUUGGUCUUUCUAGUUUUAUUCGGUAAACAAAACCUACUCAUCAUAUUUGAUUGUUUUAGCUCAGUUAUUUAUUGUUUUUUUUAUCUUUUAUGUAAGAUGCAUUCACAUGAGUUUAUUCAAAAAGUGUUUUAACUUCAUUGAUUAUAUUUUCGUUCUGUUAUUACUGCUUUUAUUAUUGAAGCCUAAAUUGACAUUGUUUACAAGUAUUCAUGUGGAAUUAACAUUAUCUGUAAUACAACGUG